AUGAUUAUAUCGAUAUCGGUGUCGCCGUCGCCCAAGACAUCCGCCAUUAUAUUCUUCUCGUGCGCCGUCUUCAUACUCACCCUCUGUCUCAUCACUGAGUUUUACCUCAAGAAUAAUAAUUUCUAUAUCUAUCACACGGAGAAAGAGGUAGAAUCGGAAAUAUUCUACAAUAAUAUCCGGGAUAACAGCCAAUCGGAGGGCCAGAGCGGUAAUAGCAUGCAGGAGCCUGACCUCCGCGGUAUAUACCUCUACAAACACGUGCUCAAAAAGAUCUGGCUCCAACUCCUCAACAUAAUAAUCAUAUAUUUCGUGUCAUUAUCCGUAUUCCCGGCGCUGAUGGCCGACAUAAAGCCACUGAACGGCAUUAUAGACGAGAAAUACUUCGCACCGGUAUUUUGUUUCCUAUCAUUCAAUUUAUUCGCCACUUUUGGUAAUUUCAUCGCACAAUACGUCCAAAAGCCGGGCCCUAAAUAUCUCAUCAUAUUCUCGAUCCUACGACUACUUUAUAUACCGUUUUUCCUAUACUGUAACUAUCGGCCAAAUAAUGUCGACCGCAGU